AUGCACAGUUUCAUCGAUCAAAGUUAUACGUGGAGCCGCCUUUGCAUUAGCGAGGAACACUUACGACGACUGUUCACGCGAAUGGCCAUCCACCCUGACUUCCUAGAUGUAGUCCGCUUAUUCUGCGAAAAAACAGGUCCUGUUGAGGAGGGUUUCAGCUCGCUAUUCAUGCAUUUGUCAAAACAUGAUCCUUCCAGCGGUCUUUUGACGCCAGGCCGGGACUGCGGCUACUACAUCGGAUACAACAUCAAGUAUGUUGCAAAACACGGUCGGCGCUAUCCGACAGACCCCUUUUCGAUUAGAGAGGUGGGCGUUUAUCAACACUUCGCAUCUUCGCAUCAACAGUGUCGCUGGGUGUUCUUGCAAGCACCAGACCAGCUUAAAGAUCGUUUGAAACGUCAUCUCCAAUGCUCUGACGACGAUUCGCCUACAAAACAGGUGAUACAGCAUGCUAUGGUACUCCUCGAGGUGUCUGAAGGCUGGCGUGAGUAUUUGAUCUAUCUUGAGGGAGAGUUCUCUAGCAUAGUUGAUCGGGGCUUCUUUACGAAUGUCAAAGAGCUUCAUACUGAAGGAGAUGUGCAAGCCGACUUUUCAGAUCUCAGAAAGCUGCACAUUCUAACAGACAAGCUGCUGAGGCUGGCUCACAUACUAAGACUGAACAUUCGUUUGGGUUGUCAGCUAAAGCAUGGGAUAUCAGGUCUUAGAACUAGUUCUUCACCAGCUUUGUCUACCAGCUUCGACGACAUGCAAUCAAGGUUAGACCAAUACACGUACGGACAAGAGACGAGUUUGACCAGGAUUGAGACACUGAUUGCACGUUCUGCUGGAAUUGGCCAACUUGUGACAAGCAAGCGAAUCAACCUUGAGAUGCAAAGAUUAACAGAACAGAGCAUCAAAGAAAACGGGCUGAUGAAACGACUCACGGAACAGUCUACAAAGGACACUCGGUCUAUGAUGACAAUCGCAUUGAUCUCUGCGAUAUUUCUGCCCGCGACCUUCCUAGCGGUAAGUGCCUCAUAG